CUCUCUCUCUCUCUCUACCACCAUUUUUCUCACAGCCGUUUUUUCAUAAUGGAGUCUCUGAGAUUCACUACCCUAAUCCCAUGCAAAUCAUAUUCCGGGAAUUUAGCGCGACCCAAAUUGGCCAAUCAUCAUCAUGAGGUGACUGCACAAGUCGGGUUUAAUCCUUUGUGGAACAAGAGAAGCAAAACAGAGGCGUUGAGGCUCGUGGCGACUAAAGCUGGCUCCCAAGAUGGCGCUUCUGUCGUUGAAGAUCAGAAGGAGGAAGAAAAGGGUGUCAAAUUUGGCGCCGAGAGAGAUUCGUCUGGCUCUGUAAUCGGGUUUAAUCUUUCUCCUCCCAAUGGUGAUGUUGUGAUUGAGAGUGAAGAUGUGACUUCUGAUAGAAUAGAAAGAGCGGGAGAUGUAGGAGGAAAAGAGAAGCCUAAGGCAAAAGUGACAAGGAAUGUGAUUUUUGUUACUGCGGAAGCAGCACCUUAUUCAAAGACUGGAGGGUUGGGAGAUGUUUGUGGUUCAUUGCCGGUUGUUCUAGCCCGACGAGGGCAUCGUGUCAUGGUUGUUUCUCCGAGAUAUUUAAAUGGCUCUCCUGCAGACAAGAAUUUUUCGGAUGCCGUUGAUGUAGGGCAUACUAAUGUCAUUUGCUUUGGAGGAAAGCAAGAGGUUGCUUUCUUCCAUGAGUAUCGAGAAGGUGUUGAUUGGGUGUUUGUAGAUCACCCAUCGUUCCAUAGGCCUGGAAAUCCAUAUGGAGAUAGUUUUGGUGCAUUUGGUGAUAAUCAAUUUCGGUUCACUUUACUUUCCCACGCAGCAUGUGAAGCACCCUUGGUGCUUCCAUUGGGAGGAUAUACCUAUGGCCAACACUGUUUAUUCAUGGUGAAUGAUUGGCAUGCCGGUCUUGUUCCAUUGCUUUUGGCUGCAAAGUAUCGUCCACAUGGAGUUUACACUGAUGCUCGAAGUGUUCUUGUUAUUCAUAACCUUGCACAUCAGGGAGUGGAAUCAGCAGUAACAUAUAAAAAUUUGGGACUGCCUGCCGAGUGGUAUGGAGCAUUGGAGUGGGUGUUUCCGGAAUGGGCCAGGGCUCAUGCUCUUGAUAAAGGUGAGGCUGUGAAUAUCCUAAAGGGUGCCGUUGUGACAUGUGAUCGGAUAUUGACAGUGAGUGAGGGUUAUGCAUGGGAAAUAACAACGGUUGAAGGUGGAUAUGGUCUGAAUGGACUCUUAAGUAGUAGAAAGAGCGUUUUGAAUGGGAUCACUAAUGGCAUUGAUGUUGAUGAAUGGGAUCCAUCUACUGACAAACAUAUUGCUUCACAUUAUUCUUCUAAUGAUCUUUCUGGGAAGGUUGAAUGCAAGAUUGCUUUGCAGAAGGAAUUAGGCCUUCCAAUUAGACCUGAUUGUCCAUUGAUUGGAUUCAUUGGCCGACUGGACUACCAGAAAGGUAUUGACCUAAUUCAAUCAGGAAUACCGGAGCUCAUGUCUGAUGACGUGCAAUUUGUUAUGUUAGGUUCUGGGGACGUACAAUGUCAAGAUUGGAUGAGAUUAGCAGAAGCAACCUAUAAGGAUAAAUUUCGUGGUUGGGUUGGGUUUAACGUCCCAGUCUCUCAUAGAAUAACUGCAGGCUGUGACAUAUUGUUGAUGCCUUCAAGAUUCGAGCCCUGCGGGCUAAAUCAAUUAUAUGCAAUGAGAUAUGGAACUAUACCUGUAGUUCAUAGCACAGGAGGACUUAGAGAUACGGUGGUUAAUUUCAAUCCAUAUGCUGAAGGAGGCGGUGAGGGAACAGGGUGGACAUUUUCUCCCCUAACGAAAGAGAGCAUGUUGGCGGCUCUAAGACUUGCGGUUCGAACUUACAAAGAGUACAAGCCUUCUUGGGAUGGAUUGGUGAAAAGAGGCAUGGAGAAGGACUUCACAUGGGAGAGUGCUGCAAUUCAAUAUGAGCAGGUCUUCGAAUGGGCAUUUAUCGACCCACCAUAUGUUGCUUGAGGCCAAAAUACAAUUGAGAAAAUGACCCCCAAUAUUUUCUGGUUCACUCCAUGUAUAGGGUAAUUGAGAUCACACAAGCUUUUGGUUGGUGUCAACAUGGUAGGUAUACAGGAGUUUGAUCACUAUAGUUUUAUUCAUUUAGUGAUAAUGCAAUCGAUCAUUUCACCUAUUAUAAUGGCUCAUCCAUGCCUUUGAAGUUAAUAGUUUAGAUAGCUCGCUAUAUAUUGUAAAAAGGAUUUGUAGUUUCGACGAAAUAAUUGUGUCAUUGAAGAUACAUAAUAUGUUCGAUAUUCUUGGUGUACCUUAGAAAUGAAGUUGCAUACACAGCCAUCGACUUGGUAUGAAGU